CUCCUUUAGAGGCCUGUCCUCUUGGGAGGCCACCACGCAAUGGCUUCCACGAAGCAACUGAACAACUGACAAGACGCAGGAUUCCGCGUCACUGCGGAACUUCCGGCGCUCGGGCUGACUGUCCAUUUCCCCAGUGGCUCGUCUUCUCGCCCAACACUGGCCUUCGAUUUGCUGCAGUUUUGCUCUACUCAGAGGGUACCUUUGAUUUGAUCUUCAAGCCCUUCUAUGAUGACUGCUCCAAAUGCAGCACCAGAUUUCAGCUCCUUUCUGGGAUCCGGUGAGAUGAAGAAAUGACAAUGGAACACUGGGGUGGAAUUCUCACCGAUUGCAGUAGGAGAAGCUUCCAGGGCAGAAGGGAGAAGAGCCAAGAGCACAGCAGGAGUAGAAAGUGAAGACCGCCAUCAAGUGUGCUGAAACUUUCCCACACUUCAGAAUCACCUGCGAGGCUUGUUAAAACGGCGUUGGCUGUGCCCCAGCCUUUGAUUCAUUUGAGGCUUGAACAUCGCAUUGCACUGCAACGCAGAGAUCUAGGAAGGAGCUUCAAGCUGUGUCUCGGCGUGCAAUGGAUUCGCCAAAGUUUAACCCACACUGGACCCCGGAGAUGCCCGGUGAAGAAAAUUCCCAGGGAGCUUCAGCUGCCUCUCAGUCUAUCUCAGAAGCACUGAUAAAGAACCUCAGUAAUUUGACUCUCAACCCCAGUACCAAAUUCUCUUCCCUUGUACCGGAAAAUCCGCCCCAAAAGCAGGGCGGAGAAAACAUUCAGAGGUUGGACGAAAGUGCGCUCUACAUGAGGAGGCGCCGAGUGAGGACACUGUUAACUGCUCGGAAAGAAAGGAUGGAAAGGAUGAUCCAGAUUAUUAAAUACCGUUACCUCAACCAGCUUCCCCAGAUUCGAAGAGAAGGACGGCCGAAGGACGUUGGGGUUGAAUCGAGGAUGGCAAGGUUUAGAUGUAGCUGUCAUUACUGCCUGUAUCAUAGAGAUCUUUCUGAGGAUACUGGCGCAGAGAAGAAUGACAGCACAGAGAAUAAUUAGGAUGACGUGGAGUCGAUUUAGCUGUAAACCUGAUUCUUACUGCCUUUCUUUGUAGUAAUUCUAGGAUCAUUAGGCAGCACCUUGACUAGGCUACUCUGCACGGAUAGAUUUUGUAUACCAGUAUUUAAAUGUAAAUUCUGUGAUGUCUUUUUCUUGCAUCUUGUUUGAUACCAGUAAUUUAUGAGGAGUCUAUAUAGUUUGCAUUUGAAUGACUCCACUAUACUUUAGUUCACUUUUUAGUUUGACCCGAAGCAGCACUAUUGAGUCUCCAGGAUUGCCCCUGUGUUUUAGAAGCCUGAAGCCAGUAAGAUGAAAUCCAACAUUAAGAAUUUGAAGCCAAGCAACUUGUGCAGAAGGAAUAUAAAGAAAACAUCUGGUGGUUUGGCUAGAGUGUGGUUAGGGCAGGCAGAAUUAACUAGACUUUCUGGUUUUCAAAAAUUUGAAUAGUAAUUUUUUUGAAGUGUGUUUUCAGUAGCAAAUAAAUGUGUGUAUACAGGAUUUUAUUAAAA